AUGUUUCUUCCUUCGGUCAACCUCUGGAACCUGGCGUUUUAUGUCUUCAUGGUCUUUAUGGCGACCCUGGGGCUGUGGGAUGUCUUUUUCGGCUUUGAGGAGAACAAGUGCAGUAUGAGCUACAUGUUCGAAUACCCGGAGUUUCAGAAAAUAGGACUUCCAAAGAAACUGGUAAAACGCUAUCCUGCAUAUGAGUUAUAUCUUUAUGGAGAAGGAGCCUAUGCUCAAAGACAUAAAAUUCUCCCUUUGGCGGGUAUUCCAGUUCUCUUUCUUCCUGGUAAUGCUGGAAGUUAUAAGCAAGUUCGUUCUAUUGGCUCUAUAGCACUUAGAAAAGCAGAAGACAUUGACUUCAGGUACCACUUUGACUUCUUUAGUGUGAACUUCAAUGAAGAACUGGUGGCGCUGUAUGGUGGAAGUCUUCAGAAGCAGACCAAGUUUGUACAUGAAUGCAUUAAAACAAUUCUCAAACUCUACGAGGGUCAAGAAUUUGCUCCAAAAAGUGUGGCAAUAGUUGGUCAUUCUAUGGGUGGCCUUGUUGCAAGAGCAUUGCUUACGUUGAAAAAUUUUAAACAAGAUCUGAUAAAUCUUCUUAUUACACAAGCCACACCUCAUGUCGCUCCAGUGAUGCCACUGGAUCAUUUUAUUACAGAUUUUUAUAUGACUGUAAACAACUAUUGGAUUCUGAAUGCUCAACACAUAAAUUUAACCACACUUUCUGUAGCUGGAGGAUUCCGAGAUUACCAAGUUCGUUCAGGACUGACUUUUCUACCAAAAUUAAGCCAUCAUACCAGUGCCUUAUCUGUUGUGAGUUCAGCGGUGCCUAAGACCUGGGUCUCAACAGACCACCUUUCCAUAGUGUGGUGUAAACAAUUGCAAUUAACUACAAUUCGAGCAUUCUUUGAUCUUAUUGAUGCUGAUACUAAACAAAUCACUCAAAAUUCCAAGAAAAAAUUGUCGGUUUUGAACCACCACUUUAUAAGACAUCCAGCAAAACACUUUGAGGAAAAUCCGACAAUAAUUUCUGAUUUAACAGGGACAUCUAUGUGGGUUCCUAUAAAAGUGUCUAAAUGGACCUAUGUGGCUUACAAUGAAUCUGACAAGAUAUAUUUUACAUUUCCUCUCGCAAAUCAUAGAAAAAUCUACUCUCAUGUCUAUUGUCAGAGCACCAUGCUGGAUACAAAUAGUUGGAUUUUUGGCUGCAUAAACAGUACUUCUAUGUGCCGGCAAGGGGUUGAUUUAUCAUGGAAAACAGAACUGUUGCCAACAAUUAAGUCUCUGACAUUAAGACUCCAAGAUUAUCCAUCUUUGUCUCAUCUUGUUGUUUAUGUACCAUCUCUUCUUGGAAGUAAGUUUGUUGUAGACUGUGAAUUCUUCAAAAAAGAAACACGAUCCAUACAGCUUCCUGUAACUCAUCUUUUUUCCUUUGGAUUGUCUUCAAGGAAAGUGGUAUUAAAUACAAAUGGACUGUUCUACAAUAUAGAGCUUCUUAACUUUGCACAGAUAUACCAAGCUUUUAAAAUCAACGUGGUAAGCAAGUGCUCAGGAGUCAAAGAAGAAAUAACUAGUAUCUAUAAACUUCAUAUUCCCUGGUCUUAUGAAGAUUCACUAACCAUUGCACAGGCUCCAUCAUCCACAGAAAUUUCUCUGAAACUCCAUAUUGCUCAACCAGAAAAUGACAGCCAUGUAGCAUUAUUAAAAAUGUACACAUCAUCAGACUGUCAGUAUGAGGUGACAGUUAAGACUUCCUUUUCACAAAUACUUGGACAGGUAGUUAGAUUUCAUGGUGGAGCUCUUCCUGCUUACACUAUAUCUAGUAUUCUUCUUGCUUAUGGAGGACAAUUAUACUCUCUUUUUGCAACAGGUCAUUGCUUGGAAUAUGCUACUAUGUUGGAUAAAGAAGCCAAACCAUACAAAGUCGAUCCUUUUGUAAUUAUGGUAAAGUUUCUGUUGGGGUAUAAAUGGUUUAAGGAAUUAUGGGAUGUAUUACUGUUUCCAGAACUAGAUGCCAUCAUUUUAACUAGUCAGAGUAUGUGUUUUCCCCUUGUAUCCUUGAUUCUCUUUCUAUUUGGAACAUGUACUGCCUACUGGGGUGGCCUCCUUUCUUCUACAUUUGUGAGACUCCUUUCUUCAUUGUGGCUAGCUUUGAAAAGACCCUAUGAACUUCCUAAAGAUAUCAAGGUGAUAUCACCAGACUUGCCCUUUUUGACAAUUGUUUUGAUCAUAAUUAGUUGGGCAACUUGUGGAGCAUUUGCCGUACUCCUUACUUAUCUUUACUAUGUGUUUAAGAUUGUUCAUCUGCAAGCCAGCCUAACAACUUUUAAAAACAGCCAGACUGUGAAUACUAAACACUCUAGAAAAAGUGAAAAAAAAACCAGUCACCAUAAGGAUUCUUCAGUGCACCGUCUUCGUUUAUCUGCUAAUGAUGCUGAAGACAGUCUUCGCAUGCACAGGACUGUGAUUAACUUAUUAACAUGGAUUGUAUUACUCAGCAUGCCAUCUUUAAUUUAUUGGUUAAAGAAUCUUAGGUAUUGUUUAAAACUUAAUCCUGAUCCAUGUAAACCUUUGGCAUUUAUUCUUAUUCCAACUAUGGCAGUUCUUGGAAAUACUUACACUGUUUCGAUAAAAUCAAGUAAAUUGUUGAAGACUGCUUCACAAUUUCCACUUCCUUUGGCUGUUGGUGUGAUUGCUUUUGGGUCAGCACACUUAUACAGGGUUCCAUGCUUUGUCUUCAUUCCUCUUUUACUGCAUGCAUUAUGCAACUUUAUGUAAGAUUGGACUUAAGGAAUGGUAAAGAUGAUUUAUGCGUUUAGAGCCAGUAAUAAGAGGGAAGUGCACAAAUCCAUCAACAUGGACAGCAAGAUCCUUUGGAGAAAGACAAGUCUAUUUUUACAUUAUUGAAAAUAGGAAAUUAGUUUUGUAAUGCUUGAGGAAAGUAGUCAAAGCAUGGUUUUGUUUUGUGCUAUGGUUUCUGUGUACUAAUCAUUUUUGGAAAAUUAGUAAAGGGGUUUAGUGGCCAAUGUCUUUAAGGACUCCUGUGCAUAACAGCUAGUCUGCUUUGUUGAUGAUACCAGGGAUCUUCUUGUAGAGACUCAGUAUUAGAGAUGCAGUAUUGUUUGUUAUCUCACCUCAAGCAUUCUGCUCUUGUUUCAUCAAACUCUCUUCUGAAAAGUGUGUUACUUUAUAUUUUCUACAGUUUACAUAUUGAGAAAUAAGUCUUAAAUGAUUGAGCAAAUUCACAACUGUUUAGUUUCUCAAAAAUGAAAUAACCACAAAGAUUGGUCAUUUUUUGGCAGCCAUGGGAACAAAGUAGAUUUUUUGUUUUCUUACAUCUAAAAAUAUAUAGCCUUGCAAUCUGAGACAUGUUUUCUUGGUAACCAGGCAAGUUGGAUGGAUGGAAACAUGAUUCAACCUCAAAGCAUAAUGAGAUUUUCUUGUUACUUUUCAAAUAUAAAUCUUAUUUUAUAUUCUUGGUAAACUGUGAGGAGAUUAUUAGUAUUAAAUUUAAAAAAAUUUUCAUAGAAAUUUACUUAUGGCAUUGGAGCAGUUCAGUUAUUCAGUCUGUACUGUUUCGUUUAAAUCAUUGCCCCCAUGGUUGCCAAAAGUGCUUCUAGCCAUGAUGAAUUGUUAAAAAUAACUAAAUUGCGAUAGUCAGAAAAACUUUAGGUUUGCACAAUUUUUGUCCACUGUAGAAAAAAAAAUCAGAAUGAUCAAGUUCAGUACUACAUUUGAUUUAUAAAAUUAUUCUGAAAUGGAAUAAUGGUAGAUAAACUUUUGCCCUACUAUUAACUUAUGACCACAGUACACCUGAAUAAGUUGGAGUUUUUAGCCACUAGGCUUAAGAGUGGAAUCUUGAUUUGCUCAGGUGACUUCUAGGAUUACUGUGUGGCAAAUAGAGAGUAACAUUUGUGUUUCAUUUCAGAUUUCAGUUAAUUUUUAGCUACAAAAAGUAGGAAGUAGGUGAUGGAGCUAGGUAGAGGAGUAUAUUCUUUGCCCUAAGAUAGAAUAAACUCAGGCUGAGAUAUACCUGGCCCAUAGAGCCCUUCUUUUAGAUAUGUAUAUUGUAAAUUCCCAAAACCUCUUUAGUAAAGUCCUUAAGCCCCAGUGAUGUCCCAGUGAUGUCACAGAUGCACCUGUGGACUUUUGUUCUUGUUAAUACCCAGGGAAGUCUUAGAGUACCAGUUUCAUUUUAUCUGCCAUUGCAUCUGGGCUCCAUUACAACCUCUCAGCUAUUACUGCCUAUGGAGCAUUACCUCACUUUACUGCCUAUAGAGGGUUACCACACUUCCCAGUUAUUCCUCAGUUCCUUACUGUUUUGGCGUCAGUUGAAGAGGGUCUUGCUAUCACUUCUGAGGGUUUUUUUUUUUUUUUUUAAAUUCCAUUGUUGCUUUUCUAACUUCAUGCCAAUUAUUUAUCAUUCAUAUUUUCACUUGCUAAAACCAUUAAAGGUAAGUGAUAACCUUUUAAUAGACAUAGCAAACAUAUCAGGCUCUUGUUUAAGAGGAGUAGCAAAGGAGAAAAAAAAUGCAAAAUUUUUGUGUAUUCAGUACCAGAGAGGAAAGAAAGGAUUGUUUAGAUUAUAGAUUUGUAUAUCCCAAAUAAGUUACAUAGGAACACAUAUGCCUAUGUUUGGCUAUACAUAUACUCAUAGACAACUUUUAUACAUAUGGUGUCUUUUGUCACUGAUAUUAUAGCUGUAUUUAAAGUUAAAGGUUGAAUGUGUCAUUUGUGUAUUUCUGCAUUUGGGCUUAGAUCCAUAUACAGAAAGAACCUUAGAAAAUUCAUUAAUUUGGAUCUUCUAUUGACAGCUCAAAUCAUUGUGUUUGUGUGAUUGUCUCCUUGUUUAGUCAGUACUGAUCAUGAAUAAAAUGUAACAAGCUUCAGUUUCUCAUUUAGGAGUAGUACAUUUGCUUUGUAAGGAAGCAGCCUAGGUACACUAAUUCUCACUAAAAUAUUUUCAUGAGUGUAGUUAUCAUCAAGACUGCUAUAGUCUUAUUUAUGCCAACAAAAUGUUUCAUUUUAGGACUAUAAGAAAGACUAAUUGAGCAUUUUAUAAAUAGUAUUAGAUAGGGUCUUUACCCAUUGUUCACACACAGACACACACACACACGUUUACAUUCUGACAGGGUCUUCAUAAAGUACUGAUGCAUUUUUAAACCCAGAUGACUACCAUAGGUGAGAGAGGAGGCUCUGUCUGAAGAUUAGCAAAGUUGACAUUUCUGUCAUGUCUUCAACCUAUGUCAUCAAGUGGUAAAACAGCACAGAUUUAUUACCAAUGUUAAUAAAAAUGAAAUAGUUUCAUUGGCAGUUAGGGGUUAUGUAAUUCAGCAAAUUUCUGUUUAAGUUUUGUGAUUAUAAAAAUUACCUGUAGGCUCUUCUAUUGAUAGCUAUAUCAAAUAUAGAAUGGCAGGGAAAACACUGAGUACUUUCAGUGAUUCUAAAGUCUCCUCUGGAGUUACUACUAUUAUAAUUUAGAACUGAGAAUUUAAUAGAAAUUAUUAAUGCUCAUUUUUCUGGGUCUUCUUCAUGCCAGAAAUGAAACUAGCUCUGUAACACUUCUUUUUUCCUGGUUGUCUCCAGAAUGGAAAGGUUUAAAAACACUGGUCCUAAAAAAACCAUCUGUGCCUGGUUAACAUUGAUUUUGAGUAUCUUCAAUAUAUGCUAAUCAUGUAUUGAUUAAUCUUUAGAAGGUUUUUGUAUAUUUUGAAAAGAUGAAUUCAGAUAUAUAUAAGGGAAUAUCUUCUCUUGAUUGGACAUGGUUAUGUAAUAAGGAAAAACGAAUAUAACAAAGAACUAUAGUAAGCCUAGUAAAUGUUUAUUAUUGAUUGUCAACCAUUCAUGUAGACAGUACACAUUUCCACCGUACAUUUAUGAGGCACAUUAUCUGAUUUGUUCAUUAUCUUGUUCUAAUACCUUUCUUGACUAUUCAUACUUCUCACUUACAGUAUGUUCAAUUCAACUUGCCAUUCAUUAGCUCCUCUUACAGAAGGUGGUCAAGGGAAAUGAAAGGAGGUAAAGCUCAAUUUUCAGUGUAGAACUUGAAACCUCUAGGGAAAGUAGGCAAAACACAGAGAUUAUGAGAUAAACCACGGGUUUUGAUUUCUGAAUCCCCAGAUAAUCAGUUGGCCUUUAUUUUUAUUUUAGACAUUAGGUCUAAAUUAGUGUACUAAUUGCUUUAUAAUUAGGUUUAACAAAACUUUCAAGUACUUCAUUUGAAAUAUUAGUAACUUGUUAUUAAAAUCAAUUGGGAAGGAGGCGGGGCAAGAUGGCAGACUGGUGAGCUGUAAGUUUUAGUUACUCCUCCAGGAAAGUAGGUAAAAAGCCAGGAACUGCGUGGACUGGACACCACAGAGCAAUCUGUCUUUGGGCAUACU